GUCUUUCCCCCUGUGCCCUAAAAACCCUAGGCUUCGCUCUCUACUCUCCUGCGUUAAACUCGAUGAAAGCUUUUCCUCUCUUUGUGUUUCUGCCUUAAACUCGAUGAAAGCUUUCCCCUCUUUGUGUUUCCAUUCAUCUUCUGCUCAAAACCUUAGAUUCUUCUAUUGAUUCAUUUCAAUCUAUCGAUUCUAUUAUUUCACUUCAAUUGUCAGUGACAUUAAUUCGCAAGGGUGUUUUUGCGUUGUGAUCGUUGUCCGUAGGGUUCUUUCCUUCUUCUUAAGGAUUUUAGCCAUGGAUCUUCAGAGUCUGGUUGUUAUCCUUCAAGGAGCGCUGAGCCCUAAUCCUCAUGAAAGAAUUCAAGCAGAAGAGAGUCUCAAUCAGUUUCAGUACACUCCUCAACAUUUGGUGAGGUUAUUACAGAUUAUUGUUGAUGGUAGUCGUGACAUAUCUGUGCGUCAAGUUGCUAGUAUUCAUUUUAAAAAUUUUGUGGGAAAAAACUGGGCGCCUAACGAGCCUGGUGAUCAGCAGAAAAUUUCCCAAACGGAUAAGAGUAUGGUCAGAGAGAAUUUGCUUCCGUUUAUUGCUCAAGUUCCUCCUUUGCUGAGGGUUCAAUUAGGAGAGUGCCUUAAGACAAUAAUUCAUGCUGAUUAUCCUGAGCAAUGGCCUAACCUCCUCCCCUGGGUGAAGCACAACUUACAGUUACAGGAUCAACAAGUUUAUGGAGCUUUAUUUGUGUUGAGAAUUCUUUCACGAAAAUAUGAGUUCAAGUCUGACGAGGAGCGAACUCCUGUUUAUCUAAUUGUUGAAGAGACAUUUCCUCCUUUGCUUAUUAUAUUUUCCAGACUUGUUCAAUACGUUAACCCUCCACUGGAAGUUGCAGACUUGCUGAAACUUAUAUGCAAAAUAUUCUGGUCAUCAAUAUAUCUUGAGAUUCCUAAGCAAUUGUUUGAUCCCAAUGUCUUUAAUGCAUGGAUGGCACUCUUCUUGAAUAUAUUGGAAAGGCCAGUUCCAAUAGAGGGUCAGCCAACUGAUCCUGAGCAGAGGAAGUCAUGGGGAUGGUGGAAAGUAAAGAAAUGGACUGUUCACAUAAUGAAUCGUUUGUACACACGGUUUGGUGAUUUUAAGCUUUUAAAAGCAGAGAACAAGGCUUUUGCUCAAAUGUUUCAGAAACAUUAUGCUGGUAAAAUACUGGAAUGCCAUUUGAACUUGUUGGAUGUUAUUCGAAGGGGUGGAUAUUUACCUGAUCGGGUUACGAACCUUGUUCUUCAGUAUUUGAGCAGCAGCAUCUCCAAGAAUAAUACAUACCAGUUGCUUCAGCCUCGAUUGGACAUUGUCCUUUUUGAGAUAAUUUUUCCAUUGAUGUGCUUCAAUGACGAUGAUGAUAAGUUGUGGCACGAAGACCCUCAUGAGUACAUUAGAAAAGGUUAUGAUAUAAUUGAAGAUUUAUAUAGUCCUCGCACUGCAUCAAUGGAUUUUGUGAGUGAAUUGGUGAGGAAACGUGGAAAGGAAACCCUUCAGAGGUUUCUUCUUUUUAUAGUGGAUGUUUUCAGGAGAUAUGAUGAGGCAGCCGUGGGAUACAAACCUUAUCGUCAGAAAGAUGGGGCUCUUCUUGCUAUUGGGGCUCUAUGUGAUAAAUUGAAGCAAACAGAACCUUACAAGUCACAGCUUGAAAACAUGCUGGUGCAACAUGUUUUCCCAGAGUUCAGCAGUCAAGUUGGUCAUUUGAGGGCUAAGGCAGCAUGGGUUGCUGGUCAGUAUGCUAACAUCAACUUUUCAGACCAAGGCAAUUUCACAAGAGCUUUGCAUAGUGUGGUUUCUGGAUUGCGUGACCCAGAGCUUCCAGUGCGGGUCGAUUCAGUAUUCGCUUUGCGUUCUUUUGUUGAAGCUUGUAAAGACCUCAAUGAGAUUCGUCCAAUUCUGCCCCAGUUACUUGAUGAGUUUUUCAAACUUAUGAAUGAGGUUGAGAAUGAGGACCUUGUCUUCACACUUGAGACUAUUGUAGACAAGUUUGGGGAAGAGAUGGCACCUUAUGCUCUUGGUUUAUGCCAGAAUCUGUCUGCUGCAUUUUGGAAGUGUAUGCAAUCAGCUGAAGCCGAUGAAGAUGGAGACGAGUCUGGUGCUCUUGCUGCUGUUGGUUGUUUGCGUGCCAUAAGCACAAUACUUGAAUCUGUGAGCAGACUUCCCCACCUCUUCCCCCAGGUUGAGCCUAUUCUAUUGCCUAUAAUGCAGAGGAUGUUGACAACUGAUGGGCAGGAGGUUUUUGAGGAAGUCUUGGAGAUUGUGUCAUAUAUGACAUUUUUUUCACCCACAAUUUCAUUGGAUAUGUGGAGUCUUUGGCCUCUUAUGAUGGAAGCUCUGGAUGAUUGGGCUGUAGACUUUUUUGAGAAUAUUCUGGUUCCAUUGGACAAUUACAUAUCAAGGAGUACUGCACAUUUCCUCACCUGCAAGGAUCCUGAUUACCAACAGAGCCUUUGGAAGAUGCUUUCAUCUGUCAUGGCCGAUAAAAACAUGGAAGAUCAUGAUAUUGAGCCUGCUCCGAAGCUCAUAGAAGCAGUAUUUCAAAAUUGCAAAGGACAGGUGGAUCAAUGGGUUGAGCCAUAUGUUCGAGUCACAGUUGAUAGGCUACACCGAACUGAGAAGGCAUUCUUGAAGUCUCUUCUUGUGGAAGUUAUUGCCAAUGCGCUAUACUAUAAUGCCAUGUUGACAUUCAGUGCAUUGCAAAAACUUGGGGUUGCUACGGAAAUCUUCGAACUCUGGUUUCAGAUGCUUCAACAAGUUAAAAAGAGUGGUGUACGUGUGUAUUUUAGAAGGGAACAUGAUAAAAAGGUUUGCUGCUUGGGAUUAACUUCACUUCUUGCAUUACCUGUGGAGCACUUGCCUGAGCAUGCAGUAGGUCGUGUGUUCCGAGCAACACUUGAUCUGCUUGUUGCUUACAAGGAACAAGUAGCAGAAGCUGCAAAAGAGGAAGAAGCCGAUGAUGAUGAUAUGGAUGGUUUCAAAACAGAUGAUGAUGAUGGGGAAGAUGAUGGAUCGGAUAAGGAAAUGGGAGUUGAUGAUGAGGAUGGCGAUGACGCUGAUAGUCUUAGGCUUCAGAAGUUAGCAGCCCAGGCAAAGUCUUUUCACCCGAAUGAUGAUGAUGAUGAUUCAGAUGAUGAUUUCAGUGAUGAUGAGGAGUUUCAAUCUCCUAUUGAUGAGGUGGAUCCCUUUGUUUUAUUUGCGAACACUGUGAAAGCCAUGUCAGCAUCCAACCCUAUGAGGUUUCAGAAUCUAAUGCAGUCCUUAGACUUUCACUACCAAGCUCUUGCCAGUGGUGUAGCUCAGCAUGCAGAAGAGCGGAGAGUAGAGAUGGAGAAGGAGAAGGCCGAAAAAGCUGCAUGCUCAUAAAAUUAGCACGUCAGUCGAUGCUCUCGAUUGUGUCAGCAUGUAUGUUAGUACUUGAGGGAUGGAUUACAAGUCUUCCCCCAUUUGUUGAUUUGGUAAUGUUGGGCCAGUGUUUGGCUUCUGUUCAAGGCAGUUGAGUGUCUACCUGAUGAACUUAGGUUUAGAUCUGGCACAACACUUGUUUUCUCUAUCCAAAAGAAUGAAUAAAGGAAGCAAGAUAAAGGAGGAGAACAAGAAAUGAGCUCUGUGGUUUUGGUAAUAAACCACAAGUGCACGUUUUGCACUUGUCGUGGCGAGGGUUUUGUCUUGUCUUGUGGUAUUGGUAUCAUGCCCUCCUAGUGCUCAGAAAGCAUCCGGUGGGUUUUAUUCUUUUUUCUGGUGGGGGAAGAUUUGGGCCUUUAUGAGUUGGCCCUCCCUCCCUUUCUCGGAGUGAGUUGAAUUUGUUAGAGAGCAAUUUUCCCAUUUCCGGGCAGGGUGGUUCCGGGGAUGUUUGUCAAUGAACCUGGUCCAGUUUUACUGAACUAGGGGAAGUUGGUCAGUAUACUAUAGAGUGUAUAUUAAUCAGUGAUAGCCCAAGGUGUAUUUAGUGGUGGUGGGGUUUUUGGUAAAAUUAUAUGGGAGCGGAGGCCAGGGGAUUUGCUAGCAUUCCCCCUAUUUUUUGGUUAUGUAAACAAGAUUUUAUUCAUUGAAAGUUGACAAGAGAAUUUUGGGUUUUUAUUUGUUA